ACAAGGGAAUAAAAUAAUCAUCACUACGUCUCAUGCGCCUUGGCCUUGGAUAACUUACACUACUGCACAGUCUCACCUUGAUCCAGCCCCUCCACAACUCCAGCUUGGGUGUAUCAUGUCUGUCACUUAUAUUGUCGACGACCAGGAUCCGGCGAUUGAGUACCUGUGCCCGGUCCAACAUCAGACCGUUCGUGACAAUUACCUCCACAACACCUAUACCACAAUUGACAGUGUUGACUGUGGCGGAGGAUGGUUCAAGUACACUUUUAAUGGUACAUCUGUUAGGGUCUCUAAUCGGCUGAAACCGGUAGACGCUCGCUACGCUGUCCAAGUUGAUAUUAGUCCUAUGCUUCAGCGUUCUGGAAAUGGCGUAUACGAGUCACCAGAGCUCGCCGACGGAUCAGAACAUUCCAUCGUCUAUGCUAUUGGGAACCAGUCCUUCUUCCCCGCAUUCGACUACUUGACAGUCACUGCGGGCCAGUCCACCCAGCUUCGCGGCAGAACGAUCAUCGUGGAUGACGCAGAUCCAGCGAUGGAAUACUCUGGAAACUGGCGUAACGAGCCCAUCACGCCUCCAGCCAUGAAUUUUGACUACACGUCAUCCCCAUAUAGGGACACAACUCACUGGAGCAAUACCGUCGGCGAUUCUGUUAAUUUUACUUUCGAAGGAACAUCCGUCACUGUAUAUGGUAUAAUUCCCGCCUCAAAUGCUACCAUUCCUAACCGCAACCUCACCGCAACUUAUUCGAUUGACGAUGGUCAACGCAACAGCCUGUCGUUGUCUCCGGGUAGCACUGAGGGUCGUCCUAUUGCUAUGACUGAACUCCUUCGUAGUGGAGAGUUGGCGGCGGGGAAGCACACGAUGGUUUUUACCGUCACCGACAUUCCGAACCUAUCUCUUUCGGGCGUUGGAAUCGAUUUCGUUACGUACAACGCUUCUUUCGACAAUCUUUCGUCUAUAGGAGCAGGUACCCCGUCUACCGCUGGCGCGAUCAGCGAUGGACACAUUCCAGUCUGGAAGCCAGUUUUGGGUGCCGUUCUCGGGCUUCUUGCGCUUCUUGUCGCUGGUCUUCUAGGAUCGUUGUACUGGCGCAAACGGAAACAGAGUAAAGCCCAGGCCAAAGCGACUUCUAAGGUGUUCGUGGUCCGUGCGUUAAAGGACCAUAACAUUGUCAACGAAAAGGAUGGUAAAGCUGGCUCAUUGACGCCCGAUGUCUAGAGCUCAAGAUGAGUCAGCCAAUGCUAGGUGGAUAUAUAAAAAUUAAUGUUGGAAAGCUUACUGCAGUAUUGUUGUUGUAAAAUAUGUACAUAGUCGUGUUUGUCCGUUCCCUGUACACUCCUGUUGUAUUAGUACCAACCCACGUCAUG